GGUGCUCCAUGAAAUUGUUGCUGCUGCGAACUUGAAAGGUUAUCGUGGCCCUGCAAACCCGUGUUUGGCGAGAGAGGGCCUCAGUGAGGAACCGUAUCGACCGGUGGAAGAUAGCUUUGCGUCCCUUUAUCGCGGGGAGGCCUGCAGCAGCAGUUGACGAGUGGCGGAGCGCACGACUUGGAGGCAUUUCGGUCACCAGCAGGACAGGUGAGGGCGGCAGGGCGCGACAGGGAAGGCAGCAGCCCGCAUUCCCUCCACAACGAACGUUUCCCUUACGCAUGCAGUGCUGGAGCAUUCUUGGCGUGUGGUGAGAGCACCGCUCUCGGGGUACUCGGCAGUCUAGAAGAGGGUCAUUCAUAGCUCGUGAUUCAGAGGCCACGGUGAGGUCCCCAUGAAGGCGAGCUGCACGAGUGCGUUCACCGAUGGCGACUUUGCAAUCCUCUGUGUGUGUGCAGGAGGCCGUGAGUUUGUCGUGAGUGUCGCGUAGCGAUGGCGCGUCGGAGCAGCCGUCUGGCGGCUAAAGCUGGCGGCGCAGUGAAGCAGGAUGAGAGUCCCAAGGAGGUCAAGGCGCCUGCUCGACGGGGCAGGGGAGCCGCCAAGGUGAGGGAGUGGGCUGCACUGCACCGACGAGAGCCACAGUUAUCCUGCCCUCUGUGCCUCUAAUGCGCCGGAUGUGUGGCUGCAGAAGAAAGCUGCCCAGCCCAAGCCCAAGCCGCCCCGUCAGAUCGCCAAAGUGAGCAUAACACAUGGAUGGAUGGAUGGAUGGAUGCAGAGAGCAUCGGUGGACGGCGUGUGUGUGUGUGUGUGUGAAUCAGGUUGCCGGCAAGGGUCAGAUGGUCGUUGACGACGGACCCGACGAGCCCAUGACGCCCGUCGUAGACAAAAAGGUGGGCGAUCGCCUCCACCCUCUCAUCCACGUGCGACCACCACUCACUCACUCAUGAAUGUCUGUGUGUGUGGAUGUGUGGAUGUGCGUGCAGGUUGGCAAGAAGGCACCGCAGAAGAAGAAGGCUCCGCCCGCACCCAAGAGGAAGAACCCACCGAGGGUACGCUACGCUCACCACUUUGACAUACAUGGGCACCUGAAGCCUUACCACCGACACGCGUGACUGUGUUGUGUUUGUGUCAGGGUGGCAACCGAGGCGGCGGCAACCAUCGCAGGGACCGCACCCCCUCACCGCCGCGGGCACCUCCCAUGGCGAUGGACGAGGAUGAGAACGCCCAUAUGGUCCGCACGCCGCCGCCGGGCAUGUUCCACGCGCCGCAGCCGGGCAACGCUCCUCCUCAGGUGAGGGAGGGAGGAGCAGCGACCACACGACCACCAAACACAUACCUUCACACAUUGGUGUGUGUGUGUGUGUGAUGUGUGUGUGUGUGUGUGGGUGCAGGGUGCCCCUCAACAUCCCGCGUCUCGUGGGUUGCGGGUUGACUCGAACUACAAGAACGUUACCAACAUCCGGCCUGAUGAGGUGGGCGAGGCGACUGACUGACCGGCAGCGCAGCCAGACGGGGCACACACAUGUCCUGGGUAUGCCUCAUCCCCCUGUCCCUGUGUGUGCAGUUGAAGCGGGCGAUGGACAGCCCGGAGUUGUCGCCCUACCUGCACGUUUGGGACGCACGGUUCAAGGGAGAGUUCGACGGUACGCCCGCAGACAUUGCACUCAACCAGGCCCACCACCGACACACACGCCGGACACACACCCACUCUGUGUCAUUGCAAUGGUGUCUGCAGGCGGGCACAUUGCCGGGGCCCGCCACGUCAAGUCGGUCAAGGGCGUCAUCGAUGCGUUGUGGGAUAAGAACGGGGCCGCCAAACUGCCCGAGCCGCACCGUCAGGUGGGUCGUGACAGGACACACACACAGAGCCACGGCCAUCCAUGUGUGUGUGUCUGUGUGCGUCAGAAAUUGGUUUUCCAUUGCGAGUACUCCCAGGAGCGCGCCGUGGUGCUCCUGCAGAUGCUGCAGAACUUCAACGGCUGGAAUGCGCCCAACAACCAGGUGGGCGGCUGUGUGGGUGGGGCCCUCGGACAGCUAAACCCACAAACGUGUGUGUGUGUGUGUGUGUGUGGUGCAGAAAUACGAGCACAUGUACUUGUUGAGAGGGGGAUACAAUGGCUUCUAUUCCAGAUACCCCGUAAGCCACACACUCACACACCAACCGGGACACACACAUACACAGCCCACUAUGUGUGUGUGUGUGUAGGACGUGUGCGGGCCGUAUGUCAAGGAGGAAGCGUUGCCGACUGUAAGCAGCCGACACACCCCACCCCGCCACACACGUGUGCACCAUAGAUGUGUGUUUGUGUCUAUGUCUGUCUGCAGAUGGGGGCCGAUCGGGAUAAGCGUGGCGAACAAAUCAAGAACAUGAGAGACAAACUCAACGUACGCAACGCCCGUGAUCAGUGGACAAAUGUGUUUAUAGCUAUCCAUCUGUGUGUGUGUGACGUGUUCAGAAGAAAGCUGACUUCGUGGCUCUGGUUGGCGAGCUCGAGGAGCCCCCGGAGCGCUGCCUCAAGCCGCGCACCCAGUACCACUACUGAGCCACCCCGCACAUUACACUACCUCUGACAGCCUAGUUAGCCCAUUGCUGCUCUGUUCUUCAGCCGCUCCAUGAGUUAGCUUUAGGAAAGGGGCAGUGAUGGGAUAACUGACGAGGGCUGGCAGGGGGGUGUAUGUGCACAUGGGGGGUCAAGUGGCUGGCUGUGUGGGAGUGUUUGUCGUGACAGACAGACUGUCUGUCUGUCUGUCUGAUGGCCGGUUGGUAUGCAUACAGACAGACAGUGAGUGACAUCAAUGAGUGAAUGGGAUCACGCACCCACUCACAGCCAUGGUCGGGUGAGGUGAGCUGAGGGGCUGCGUGAUGGAUUGCUGUGCACGGCCGAGCGAAUGGAUUGCUGUGCUAAAUGGACGGACGGGUGGAUGGAUACAAUGCAUACAUACAUACGUGUGACGUGUGUGUGAUGUGAAUGAAUGGACACCAAAGUCACGGGCACGCAGUGCGCUGGAGCGAGCACCACAGCCAGCCUAUCGACUACCGAGUCUGUCUGUCUGUCUGUCUGUCUGUCUUGCCCUCACCUCGCCCACCACCCUCAGUCGACCGACCACAGCCCCUCCGAUAGAUAGGCAGACAGGCAGGCCACCUUGAGCCAGGCCCCUUCUCUACCUCUCUACUACACAGAUGCUUCAGGGUGCGUAUUGUCUGUCUGUCUGUGUGUCUGCGCGCGUGUUGUGUGUCCGCAUCUGAUGGCUGGUGGAAGACAAGACAGGCAGCUCACUCCACCCUCUAACUCUCUCUCGUCUUCGAUCACAUACGACAUACAUAUGUAUCUGCGCGGCCGGACGCCCCACCAAACAGACAGGAAGCGAAGCGAUCAUUCGUGAUGGACGGUGACGAUGGAUGUGCAUGUGCGUCAUGAUGGACGUGUGCGUGGACCAACGAGUGCAUCAAUGAAUGAAUGGAUGGAUGGCCU